AUGUCCGAGCAUGUUAAGAUCUACACCGUUAACGGCGCGCCGGCGGGCAGCUCUGUCGCAUUGCCCGACUGGCUAGCUCGCGCUCGCGCCGUGAAGAGCAAGGGCGCGAAACGUGCUACGAAGGACAGGGUAGAUAGUAGUUUGGAGUUAAUCCAAGGCUUCGAGUUUCCCGAGGCUAGCUUACGAGUCAAGACGACACGCGACGGCGGACAUAUAAUUGCUACUGGUACAUACAAGCCGCAGAUGCGCGUUUGGGACGUCGGCCAACUAUCACAAAAGUUCGAGCGGCACAACGAUGCCGAGAACGUGGACUUUGUCAUUCUAAGCGACGACUGGACAAAAGUUCUCAUGCUCCAAAAUGACCGGUCGAUCGAAGUGCACACUCAAGGCGGCCUGCACCAUCGGACGCGGAUACCAAAAUUCGGACGAGCGGUCAACUACCAUUUCCCGAGUUGCACGGCUUUGUUCGGUGCAGCGGGAAACGAAGUCUACCGCUUGAGCCUAGACCAAGGUCGAUUCCUCAGUCCGUUGAAGUUGGGAGAUGAAGUCGACGGUGUAAACGCUGUGGACGUGAACCCCGCGCACGGUCUAUUAGCGCUCGGCACGGACGGCGCAGGCGGCGGCAUCACAUUCAUCGACCCUCGCUCUCGAACAGCCGUCGGCGUCCUCCCUCUCCCCGCCACUCGCCUUCUCAAUUCCUCCGUCUCAUCUUUCACCGCUGCAUCUGUCCUCCCCGGCCUUGAAGACGCCGCGUCACCGCUCUCAGGACUCAGUGUCACAAGUCUCAGCUCAAGAAGCGACGGGUUGAGCUAUGCUGUGGGCACGAGUAGCGGACAUACGCUGCUGUACGAUGUGCGGAGCAGGAGGCCGUUCGCGGUCAAGGAUCAGGGAUACGGGUUGCCGGUUAAGAGGGUCAUUUGGGUUGAGGGUGGGAGUAGGAUGGCGGGGGAUGGGUUGGUUAUUAGUGCGGAUAAGAAGGUCGUCAAGAUCUGGGACCGCAACUCGCCCAACACGAACUUCGCCUCCCUAACACCCGCAACCGACUUGAAUGACAUCCACCACAUUCCCGGGUCCGGCCUCCUGCUUAGCGCGAACGAAGGCAUUCAGAUGGGCGCAUACUUCAUUCCCCAACUUGGACCUGCACCACGCUGGGCCUCCUUCCUCGAAAACAUGACCGAGGAGCUCGAAGAUGGCGGUGCAGCCGCUCGCGGCGUGUACGAGGACUUCAAGUUCGUCAGUCGGGAAGAGCUCACGCAACUGGGUCUCGACCACCUCAUCGGCACCCCAGCCCUCAAACCCUACAUGCACGGCUUCUUCAUCUCCCUUGAGCUCUACGACACAGCGCGCGUCAUCGCCAACCCCUUCGUAUACGAAGAAGCCCGCGCAGCCGCCGUACAGCGUAAACUCGACGCCCAAGCCGAAGCGAGGAUCCGCGCGCCGAAGAAUGCGCCGAAGCCGAAGGUCAAGGUUAACAAGGCGCUGGCGGAGAAGGUCGUGAAGGAUGCGGAGAAGGAGAGGGAGAGGGAGGAGAAGAAGCGGGCGAGGAGGGCGGGCAAGGCCGACGCCGCGGCAGAUGCAGAGACGGAGAUGGACGUCGAUGCGGAAGAUGGAGAGAAGCCGAGCUUGCUUACGGACUCACGUUUCGGCGCGUUGUUCGAGGAUCCUGAGUUCCAGAUCGACGAGCGGAGUCGGGAGUACGCGCUUCUUCAUCCCAGCGCCGUCGCGCAGAAGAAGAGGCAGGCACAGAGGGCCGAUUCUACCGACGAAGAGGACAGUGACGACGAUGGCGAUGCGGAGGACGUGGACGAUGUCAGGAUUGAUGGUGCGGAGAGGAGAACGAAGACGGCUGUUGAAGAGGAGGAGGAGGAAAGCGAUAAAGCGCACUCGGAUACGAGUGAUAGCGAUGACAGUAGCGACGCGGGUGAGCUUUACCCAGCACAAUACAAGGCGCGCCAACGAGGCCAACCCGACGAACGCGUCAAGUUCGUACCUCUACGCACACAGGGCCCCUCAAGCGCCGGACGCACAACCGACGCACCAUUCGGCCAACGCCGCGCACAAUCGCAGUCGAAGAAAGGCGCAGAGAAGAAAAGCGGAGACGAACACAUCGUGCGCAACGCCGACGGGACAGUUGAGAUGUCCUGGGUACCCUCAUCGGGCGGAAAAGGCAAACGCCGUUCGUCUGGCUUCGAUGAUAUGGACGUCGACUCGACCGAGAAGGGUGGACGAGGGAAGGGUAAGGGUAAGGAUACUAGGAAGGGCGUGGAGAGGUUCGGUGCGGGCAUGGAGAAGGGUGGCGAGGCGCCGAGUGAUGGGAAGAUGAGUGAGGCGGAGAGGAGGGGGAGGACGCAUAGGAGGAGGGAUGUGAGGAGUGGGAGUAAGAAUACGUUUAGGAGGAUAUAG